AUGUCAGCAACGAUACGGUCAAGGCUGUCAGUUCCCUUCCUGGACAGCGUGGGAGAGGAGGACGAACAUGGCCCCGCGAGCAAGGCCCUGGCCCGACCAUGGAUGUCAUACUGGCCCCCCCAGGUGGGCAGUGAAGUUUAUCUCUUGUUGCAGCAGACCGCACCUGAGGCCUUGAGCUGGCGGUUCAAUCCCACGAGACCCUUUGAUCGACCCUGGCAGACGUGGGUUAAAGCAGCAAUAUCCGCGGGGAAGCCCUGCGUCUCUCGAGUGUUGAGUCCCGGCAAUGCGAGUGGCGGCUGCUCUAUGCCCACGAGCGAGACCACUCCCGCCCCUUCCCAGCGGCUUGGAGCCUCAAGGCCUCGGCCACUAGACGCCGAGAUUGCCGCUCUCGGUCUUCCGUUUGUCGCCCCUCAGCAGCUAAACUACCUGUCCGACGAUAGCCUCUACGACGUUUCGAAGCCGUUCCACACGCGGCUGCCCUUCCUGGGCGAGAUCCGGCGUAGCAACAUCACCGGUCAGGGCUACUCGGGCAUCCGAAUACACGAUCUGUCUGAUCAUGAGGACGAGUUUACCCUUGACAUCUCUGGUUUUCAGUACCUUCGCGUCCCAACCGUGAUCAGAGACUGGACAAAGGAGGCCGUCGAGAGCCACUACCUCCCAGAGAUGGAAACCUGGUUGAAGGGCUUCUUUGGCGCGCAGAGGGUUCAUAUCUACGCCUACACAUUCCGGUGUGACAACCGAGAAAGGACAUCGACCGAGCAUUGGGUCGGCCCCUUCAUGCGCGCUCACUGUGACGUCUCUCUCAACUCGGGCCUUCGCCGCUUAGACUUGCACCUCCCCCAUGAUGCGAAUCAGAUCAAAAAGGGCCGUUGGAGAAUGGUUGGCCUCUGGCGAGCCCUCACGGGCCCCCAUCAAGACCAGCCUCUUGCCGUUCUUGACAACCGCAGCCUCGUCCAGGACGAUCUGAUCCCGGCCGACAUUGUGUUUCCACACUACUGCGACGAAGGUUAUGAGGUGCGCUACAGCCCGCUUCAUCGCUGGUUUUACAAGCAGCGCAUGACCUCCGACGACGCCCUCAUGUUCAAGCUUUACGACAGCUCGAGCGACGUGUCAAGAUUUUGCCCUCACUCGGCUUUCAUCGACCCAACCGUCCCACGGGAUACACCCCAGCGUGCUAGCGUCGAACUUCGUGCUAUUGUUAUCGAUUAG